AUGAGAUUCACCAAAUCCGCCAUUACUGCUCUCUUCGCAGCUGUUCUUGCCAACGCUGCUCCUGCCCCAGUCCCAGCUGGAGGUGUAGGUGUCAGACCUAACGAUACCGCUCCAGAGUAUCAUACCAUGACUGAUUUCGAUUUCCAAUCUCUCAACUUGGCUUUGAACCAAGAAUGGAUCGAACUUGACUUAUUCAACUACGGUGUCCGAACUUUCUCAGUCGAGGAUUUCGCCGCUGCUGGUAUCAACGAGGAAGAGAUCUCUUUGAUCCAAUUCAUGGCUAACCAAGAAGUCGGCCAUGCUACCCUCCUUACCAACAUCCUCUCCGCUUACGGCCGAACCCCAGCCAAGCAAUGUACCUACGCCUACGACUUUUACACUGUACGGGACUUUGUUAACUUCUGUCAGCGAUUGACCCGAUGGGGUGAAUCAGGUGUAUAUGGAUUCCUUCCCCACCUUGACUCUCGACCAUCUGCUCAACUACUCCUUCAAUCCAUCUCCACCGAAGCCAGACAACAAAUGGCUUUCCGACAACUUGCCGGUGCUUUCCCUAUGCCCGUCUACUUCGAGACCGGUAUCUCCCAAGCUAUGUCCUGGUCAUUACUCCAAAACUACAUCGUCUCCUGUCCAGCCGAGAACCCAAGAAUCGAAUGGCCCAUCUUCCCCAACUUGAACGUAACCAACGAUGCCAACCUCCUCGUGGACGGAUACAAUGCUGCUAUCUCCCACAACAGGACUUCGCUCACCGAACCUGGAAGAAGAGUCGAACUUACUUGGGAUGCCCCUAAAGGAAAUGUCUCUUAUGAUGGAUUAUACAACACCACUGUAGGAGGAAACGUCACUGAUCCAACCAAACCCAAAUAUGUUGCUUGGAUCAACCAACUUAACGCUACCUAUACCGAAUUCAACCAAACUGGUAACUACACUGGAUACACUUUCCAACCUGGAGGAGUAGUUUUCAACAACACCGAUGAUGGAAUCGUUAACGGUACUUCCUUCAUUGCCCUCACCGACUCUAACCCUUACGUCACUCCAUACAACCUUUCGCUCUUGAACGAUGUCAUCAUCGCUUGGGGUCUUUACCAAGCCAACUAA